ACAAAUAAUUCUCAGUAAUUAGAAUCAGGCCAGUUACCCAGGAGAAGGUAAGUGUACAACACAUAUUCUUUGGAUUAUCAACUUUCUUCUCGAUCUCUUUCAGUCUUUCUCAACACUGAUCAUUCUUUAAAAUACAAUGCAUUAAUCAAAUUGCAGAGUACUAUCAGAGUACUAUCAUUAUUUCCGGUUAAUGCAAGUUGGAAUGCUUUCAUUUAUUCUAAAAGUGUUAAUACAUCUUCUUCACUUGAAGUCUUGCCAGACAUGAUUCUGAUAAUGUGUAAUCAAAUUUUUCAUUUUUGGGUUUUCAUAUUAUCAUAAAAAUUUUGAUUUUCAGUGUUAAAUAUCUAGCUGUUAAAGUAGUUCUUCUAUUUAGACAAAUCCAAGAAAUCUAUUGAAAACUUUUACCCCAAAUUAUAGCUUAAUCCGAAUUUUUAAAAUUACUCAAAACAGGAAACUCCUAGCGAAUCCCCCAUAAUAGGUGGCUGGGGGGGGUGAAAUGAUCUCAAAACAGGUGCACUAGUUACAAAGUUAAAAUUACUAUUUAUAGAAACCUGAAAUUUGCUUUAAAUGUCAUUGGAAAAAUCGGAAAAUACGGAAAACUACACAAAAUAACUCGAGGAAAUAGGUCUGUAUGAAAAUUUUUAGACAAAAAGAAGUUCACUGAAGUUUCUGCUAAAACGAAUACUGGUUUCGUUGGCUCUGUUCCUGUAUCUGAAGAACAGUAGGUGGAGCUAUUUGAGGUUUAAAAAAAAAAAAAAACCCAAAACACCAGAAAUCCUAUCCCGGAGUUCAAGAUUGUGCAGUAAUUGGUUAGGACUCUGAGCGCCGCUGUUCACCAAUCGGGAGAAAAAGGCAGAGGGAGCCUGUUCGGCUUGCACGCGCCUAGAGACAGAUUGAAACAAACCGUCUCUGUGAGGAAACUGAUCCGAGGAGCUCGUCCUCCCCAAAACUGUCCGAUUCUGGGGUCUGAAGAGCUGAGCCUGACUUCAUCGAGGAAAGUGACAAUGAUCCCUGCGCAACUACACCAGGAAUGCAAAAGGCUGAUCCUGCUGCGAAUCUUCCUAGGGAUCCUGUGGGAAGCCAGGUGCACCCAGAUCCGCUACUCCGUUCCAGAGGAGCUGGACAAAGGCUCCUUCGUGGGGAACAUCUCCAAGGACCUGGGGUUGGAGCCCCGGGAGCUGGCGGAGCGCGGAGUCCGCAUCGUCUCCAGAGGUAGGACGCAGCUUUUCUCUCUCAACCCGCGAGGCGGCAGCUUGGUCACCGCGGGCAGGAUCGACCGGGAGGAGCUCUGUAUGGGGGCCAUCAAGUGUCAAUUAAAUCUGGAGAUUCUGAUGGAGGACAAACCGAAAAUAUACGGAGUGGAAGUAGAAGUGAGGGACAUUAACGACAACGCUCCCUACUUCCGUGAAAGCGAGUUAGAAAUAAAAAUGAGUGAACAUGCAGCCACCGGGAUGCGGUUCCCCCUUCCCCAUGCCUGGGACCCAGAUAUCGGGAAGAACUCCCUCCAGAGCUACGAGCUCAGCCCUAAUACUCACUUCUCCCUGGAGGUGCAAAACGGAGCGGAUGGUAACAAGUACCCGGAAUUGGUGCUGGAGCGCAUGCUGGAUCGCGAGGAAAAGCCGGAGCACCACCUUGUCCUCACCGCUUCGGAUGCGGGCGACCCGGUCCGUACCAGCACCGCGCGCAUCCGCGUGAUGGUGGUUGACGUGAACGACAAUGCCCCAGCGUUUGCUCGGCCCGAGUACCGCGUGAGUGUUCCGGAGAACGUGGCUGUGGGCACUCUGCUGCUCCGGGUGAGCGCCACCGACCCAGACGAAGGAGCCAAUGCGGAAGUGAUGUAUUCCUUCCGGUAUGUGGACGACAAGGCAGCCCAAAUUUUCAAGCUGGAUAGUAAUCUAGGGACAAUAUCAACCAUAGGGGAGUUGAACCACGAAGAGUCAGGUUUCUACGAGAUGGAAGUGCAAGCAACGGAUAACGCGGGAUAUUCUGCCCGGGCCAAAGUCCUGGUCACAGUUCUGGACCUGAAUGACAAUGCCCCUGAAGUAGUCGUCACCUCUCUCACCAGCUCCAUUCCGGAGAACUCUCCGAGAGGGACAUUAAUUGCCCUUUUAAAUGUAAAUGACCAAGACUCUGGGGAAAAUGGACAGGUAUUCUGUUUUAUCCAAGGGAAUAUGCCCUUUAAAUUAGAUAAAUCUUACGGAAAUUACUACAGUUUAAUUACAGACACAGUCUUAGACAGGGAACAAGUUCCUAGCUACAACAUCACGGUGACCGCCACUGACCGGGGAAGUCCGCCUCUGUCAACGGAAACUCUUAUCUCGCUGAGUGUAGCAGACACCAACGACAACCCGCCCACCUUCCCUCAGGCCUCUUAUGCAGCCUAUAUCCCAGAGAAUAACCCCAGAGGCGCCUCAAUUACCUCUGUGACCGCCCAUGACCCGGACUGUGACAAGAAUGCCCAAAUCACGUACUCUCUGGCUGAGGACAUCCUCCAGGGUGCGCCUGUAUCCUCUUAUGUCUCCAUCAACUCAGAAACUGGUGUCCUGUAUGCACUGCAUUCCUUCGACUAUGAGCAGUUCCGAGACCUUCAGCUGCAAGUGAUAGCGAGUGACAGCGGAGACCCACAGCUCAGCAGCAACGUGUCAUUGAGCCUAUUUGUGCUGGACCAGAACGACAACACCCCACAGAUCUUGUACCCCACCUUCCCCACAGAUGGCUCCACCGGUGUGGAACUGGCACCUCGCUCUGCAGAGCCUGGUUAUCUGGUGACCAAGGUGGUGGCAGUGGACAGAGACUCAGGACAGAACGCCUGGCUGUCCUACUGUCUACUCAAGGCCAGCGAGCCAGGACUCUUCUCCGUGGGGCUGCACACAGGUGAGGUGAGCAUAGCAAGGGCCCUGCUGGACAGAGAUGCCCUCAAGCAGAGCCUCGUGGUGGCUGUACAGGACCAUGGCCAGCCUCCUCUCUCGGCCACAGUCACGCUCACCGUGGCCAUAGCUGACAGCAUCCCCGAAGUUCUGGCGGAUCUGGGCAGUCUAGAGUCUACCGCCAACUCCGAAACCUCAGACCUCACGCUCUACCUGGUGGUGGCGGUGGCCGCGGUCUCCUGUGUCUUCCUGGCCUUUGUCAUCGUGCUGGUGGCGCUCAGGCUGAGGCGCUGGCACGUGUCGCGCCUGCUCCAGGCUUCUGGAGACGCAUUGGCCGGCGCGCCCGCCUCUCACUUUGUGGGCGUGGACGGGGUGCGCGCUUUCCUGCAGACCUAUUCCCAUGAGGUGUCGCUCACCGCGGAUUCUCGGAAGAGUCACCUGAUCUUCCCGCAGCCCAACUAUGUGGACACUCUCAUCAGCCAGGAGAGCUGUGAGAAAAGCGAGCCUCUUUUGCUGUCAGGUGAUUCAGGGUUUUCUAAAGACAAUCAUGCAUUAAUUCAGGUGAGUCCAUAUCAAAUACUCUUCUAUGAACCUGGAACAAAAUAUCCCUUAGUAUAG